CUGGCGCGCAGAGCAGAAAAGCGUCUCACUUCAUCACCGCAUUACAGGUACAGAGUGAGAAGAAUCGCAACAAUGCGCGAGUGCAUCUCUGUUCACGUGGGCCAGGCUGGCGUUCAGAUGGGAAACACCUGCUGGGAGCUGUACUGUCUGGAGCACGGCAUCCAGCCCGACGGUCAGAUGCCGAGCCAGAAGCCCGUCGGCGGCCACGAUGACUCCUUCACCACCUUCUUUAGCGACACCGGAGCUGGCAAGUAUGUGCCGCGUGCCAUCUUCGUGGACCUGGAGCCCACCGUCAUCGAUGAGGUGCGUACCGGUACCUACCGCCAACUCUUCCACCCGGAGCAGCUGAUCUCUGGGAAGGAGGACGCGGCCAAUAACUACGCUCGAGGUCACUACACCAUCGGCAAGGAGAUCAUCGACUCCGUGCUCGACCGCAUCCGCAAGCUGGCUGACCAGUGCACAGGUCUUCAGGGCUUCCUGGUCUUCCACAGCUUCGGUGGAGGCACCGGUUCCGGCUUCACCUCUCUCCUGAUGGAGCGCCUUUCCGUCGACUUCGGCAAAAAGUCCAAGCUGGAGUUUGCGAUUUACCCGGCGCCUCAGGUGUCCACGGCCGUCGUGGAGCCGUACAACUCCAUCCUGACCACGCACACCACGCUGGAGCACUCCGACUGCGCCUUCAUGGUGGACAACGAGGCCAUCUACGACAUCUGUCGCAGGAACCUGGACAUCGAGCGGCCGUCCUACACCAACCUCAACCGACUGAUCAGCCAGAUCGUGUCCUCCAUCACAGCUUCCCUGCGCUUCGACGGCGCCCUGAAUGUCGACUUGACCGAGUUCCAGACCAACCUGGUGCCGUACCCCAGGAUCCACUUUCCUCUGGCUACGUAUGCACCGGUGAUCUCUGCUGAAAAGGCUUACCAUGAGCAGCUCUCGGUGGCUGAGAUUACCAACUCCUGCUUUGAGCCAAGCAACCAAAUGGUCAAGUGUGACCCAAGGCAUGGCAAGUACAUGGCCUGUUGCCUUCUGUACCGUGGCGAUGUAGUGCCGAAGGAUGUCAACGUGGCCAUUGCUGCAAUCAAGACCAAGAGGAGCAUCCAGUUUGUGGACUGGUGUCCUACCGGAUUUAAGGUGGGAAUCAACUACCAGCCACCCACUGUGGUGCCCGGAGGCGACCUGGCCAAGGUCCAAAGGGCGGUGUGCAUGCUGAGCAACACUACGGCCAUCGCCGAGGCCUGGGCUCGUCUGGACCACAAGUUUGACUUGAUGUACGCCAAGCGAGCCUUCGUGCACUGGUACGUAGGUGAAGGGAUGGAGGAAGGUGAGUUCUCGGAGGCCAGAGAAGACAUGGCUGCCCUGGAGAAGGACUACGAAGAGGUCGGAAUCGACUCCUUUGAGGAAGAGGAGGAAGGAGAAGAAUUUUAGGGCCGAAUAAAGUCUCAAGCCCAUAAAAAUACUAGAAGAUGAGUGUUUACUUGAAUGUAAAGCUGAUUUACACCAUCUCUCUGGUGCCAAAGAGAGCACAAUGCGAAAUCUUGAGUUUGUCAUAAAUGAAUAAAUCUAUUUUUAAAUGUUUGUCAUUUGGUCUAACCUUUUUGUACCAAGUGUGUCCAAAUAAUUAUGAAAUUUUAAUAAAACUACUCAUUGUGCCCUGAA